AGGAGCUCUGCGCUGCGGCUCGCCGAGAGGCGCGUUUCCGCUUCCGGGAGCAAUGGCGGCCUGGGCGCUGUUGCUCGCGCUGCUGAACGCGGGGCUCGGUCUCUUUACGUCAGCUGGUAAGAUGAAAAUCGUGGAGGAGCCGAACACCUUUGGAUUGAACAACCCAUUCCUACCUCAGACAAACAGGCUCCUUCCAAAGAUGGCACCUUCCCCAACCUCAGGUCCUGCACAUCUCUUCAGGCUUGCUGGCAAGUGUUUCAGUUUUGUGGAAUCUACGUAUAAAUAUGAGUUCUGUCCUUUCCAUAAUGUCACUCAGCAUGAGCAGACCUUUCGGUGGAAUGCCUACAGUGGGAUUUUAGGUAUUUGGCAUGAAUGGGAAAUUUACAACAACACAUUUGUUGGCAUGUGGAUGAGAGAAGGGGAUUCAUGUGAAACCAAAAACAGAGAGACAAAGGUUCUUCUUAUUUGUGGAAAAAACAAUAAGUUGGCUCAUGUGUCUGAGCCGAGUACUUGUGUUUACUCUCUAACAUUUGAGACUCCUCUUGCUUGCCAUCCUCAUUCUCUUUUAGUUUAUCCAACGCUGACUGAAGUCCUACGAAGGAAGUGGGAUGAAGCAGAGCAGUCUCUUUAUGAUGAGCUAAUAACUGAACAGGGAUACAAAAAAUUGUUGAAGGAGAUUUUUGAGGAAGCAGGACUUUUAAGAGCAACAGAAGAAAAGGAGAUUGAGAAAAAAAAUAAAAAGUUAAAAAGUCUGGAAUUUGAAACAGUGGAGAAAUGCAAUAAGGAGUACAAGAAACUUUCUAAAGAAAUAAAAAGGCUUCAAGAUUUAUUAACUCAACAUGGUAUUGUGUAUGAAAGAAACUCAGCUGAAAAUACAAGUGCUGAACACAUCAUUCAUAACGUGGUGACUGCAAAGCCAAGUGUUCUGAAUGGCUCAAAGGCUCAUGAACACCUACGGGGAGACACAGGCAUUUGGAAUGACACCUUUUAAAGAAAUUUGUCUAUAUGAACUUGAUAUUUAUCAUCCAGACUAAAAUAUUGAGCAAAUUGGAUGUAUAUCAUACUACUAAGACAAUUUAACAACCCUUUGUGAAUAUUUCUAAUGCUCUAUAUUCUUGCCCUAGGGCAAUGAGAAGAGAAUGUUUGAGUUAAAUUCUGGUACUGCCAUUGCAGACAGCUGUUGAAGUUCAGUUUACAAGGUUGUUUAAGUUGUAAAAAUUCUCUUUGUUGAAACUGUUACCAACCAUUGGUCUGCAGACUCUACUUCUCCAAUCUCAGUUCUGUGCUGUUUGCUUUGAUCAACUAUUGCACUAAUUAGAGUGAAAGGUAAUUGGUUGUAUACCCAGCAUCUGUAUUUCUGCCUGAUGUGGGGGGAAUAGUUUUGUCCUCAAGUUUGGACGGAUUAGUAAACUUCUUAACCGCUGAUAGCAGGGGCAGCUUAUUUGCCUUUGUGGGAAGGAGUAGUUCACACUGUACUUCCUAAUCCUGUAGGAGCACUGAUGAGGCUAGAAGGAUGGAGUGAUGUGGAACCUUUAGCCAGAGAUGAGCAUGUGAGCAAAAAGCAAAAUCAACCUUCUAGUCUUUCAGGUAGAUUAUAUACAGUAUACUCCUAUUUAUCCAAAAUCCGAUUAUCCAAACCUCUGCAUUAUCCAAAUCCCUUCCUUGUCCCCCAGCAUGAGAUAUAUGCCCUCUGCAGCAUGUAUUUUAUGCUGGAGGAUAAGGAAGGGAUUCAGAUAAUGUGGAGGUUUGGGUAAUAGAGCAGACACUACUAGCCAGGACUGCAAGAACGAUGAGCCCCCGGCUGCAGAGAAGACCAUCCUGCUGCUGAAUGGGCCCUCUGCAGCACCGCUGUCAUGGGAGUGAAUGGGGCUAAGACAGCAGAGAUGCAGAAGGCUCCCUGUGCUGCCGCAGUGCUGGUGACACGCCAUCCCUGCAGGCACAAGGUGCAGUGGGAAGGCUGUGGUCCUGGUAGGGCAGAGCAGAGACCCCGGCAAGGACUCUGCCCUGCUAGGACCACAGCCUUCCUUGCGCCUGCAGGGAAUUGGGUGUCACUUGUCCUGUGGCUGCACAGGGAGCCCUCUGCAACCUUGCUGUCACAGCAGCGAGUGAGUGGGGCAGAGCAGAGACCCCUGGCCAGGACUGUGAAGAGGAUGACAAGCCCCUGGCUGUGGAGGAGGCCACCCUGCUGCUGAAUGGCCUCCUGAUUAUCUGAACCAAAUCUGCAAAAAGAACAGGAGUACUUGUGGCACCUUAGAGAGUAAC